UAUAAGACAAGAACAGAAAAAUUUAGCCCUGGUAGUUGAGGGUAACGACCAGACGGACAGGGCCGCUGCGGAGAUGUUUCACCGAUACCGCCAUGUCGGUCUCGGCGGUGGUGUAGGCAUUGUCGACGGAGGCAGCGUCGGGAGUGAGCGACGGAGCAGGUGCCGCUGCUCUGGUCGCAGAUCUUCAUGCCCUGGACCUCCAUACCGGCGUUCUGGGGCGACAAUGGCGGAGACGUCGAAGCGGACCAGCCCGAGUUGCCGUUGCUGCCAAAGUCGACUCACCCCAGGUGGACGCGAACUCGCCCUGCCGUCGGUGGGCACGCUCCCGGGCCGCACAAGCUCCGUUGUGUCGGGCUGGAAGGCGACGUACUUGUCUCCGCCCGGGUUGACGGUCAGCGUCAGGGCGUGGUGGCCGAAGAAGCCGUCCAUCUGCCCGCUGGGGCCGUACUUGUUCCAGAACACGAGGCUCCAGCUCUCGGUCAGAUCGCCCGAGAUCUCCGCGACGUACUGUCACUGGUCGGCGUCGCCGUGGAGAUCUCGAUGAUGUUGCUACCCCAGGGGUCACCCGUGUUGCCUUGUAAGGGAUGUCGUCGCCGCUGUUGGCAGUGCUGGCUCGAACCCAUCGUGGAGUAGGUCCCGCCGCCGGAAGAGGAGCUCGACGCGGCAGGGGGUGGACGAGACCUGGCGUCUCUCGUGGCCUUAGCGGGCGGGCAAGGGAGCCGGUGUGAGGGCUGCCAGCAGCAUCAGAGACUUGGUGAACUGCAUUGUGGAA